UUAACAGGGAGAGGCGAUGAAUUCAACAAGUGCCCUUUUCACUCAGUUAUGUAGGCCAGGUACUGAACAGCUGAAGCCUAAGUUUUCUACCAAGUAAUUGGGCCUGGCAGUAGUGACUCCCCUCAGCAGGACUUUGUUAGAUGACAACAUAUCUACCUGUCCACUGAGUUGUGAUGUUUGCACUGGUGUGAAAGGAUGAGGCCAUAACAUCGUGUGGACAUUGAACUACCAAUGAGGGGAACUACCAGCUGAGUGUAUAACAUAUGUGCAUGUACAUGUACAUAUACAUGUAACUUACCAUACAGCACAAACCAUUUAAGACAGUGUACAGACGGAUAAAACACCUGGAUCUUUUUUACCCUGUUAACAUGUACACCUGAAACGAGGACUCAUGAUGCGCUUUUGGCGUAAAAAAGAGAGGAGGAAGAAUGGCGCGAUGAAGUCUGGGUCAUUAGGGACCAAAACCCCACCUCCGGAGAGGAAAAGCAAAUUUGCGGCAUUAGGAAAACUUUUUAAACCUUGGAAAUGGAAGAGACGGAAAAAGAGUGAAAAAAUAGAGAAAACAGCUGUUGAUUUGGAGCGAAAAAUUUCACUACGAGUGACAAGAGAAGAAUUAAUACGAAAAGGUGUCCUUAAAGAAGUUGAUACAGAUGGCCAGGAUGUGAGUGUAGAUGGUUUAGAUUCUGUAACAGAAGGUGAUGAUUUGAAAGAGGAGAGAGUGGUGGAGAAUGGAGAGUUGUGGGGAGAUCGGGCUGGUCCUGAUACAAAUUCUUCCGGCUCCAUAUAUGUCACCACCACUGCAGAUAUCACACCGGUUGACACCAAAGUUAUGCUAUCAGCAGCCCAAAUUCGACCUGUUGUGGUGCCUAUAGAAGUGCAGAUCCCUCAAGUUCCAGAGCCCAAUGAGGCAUCCGUUCCGCCAAUCCCGCAGCCUGAACCGGAGUUACCUCCCCCUCCUGAAUACAGCCCUGUCACUCCAGCACACCCUAAUGGUUACACCCUCCUGAACUCUAGUAUUUCAUUACAGAUAAAUGCCAUACAACCAACAUCAGAAGUGCAAGCAAAGGUAAAUAACCCAGGCAGUGGGGAGCCAGAUGGGGAAGAGGAUUAUGAUAAUCUUAACACACCCUUAAAUCCUCCUUCACCGUAUGAGGCAAUUCCUGCAUGUGAGCCUGACCUUAGCAUGCAGCCGAAGAAAAGUGCUCUGAAACAGAAGGGGAUGAAUGGUAGACCCAGUACACCAGUUGUUCCUAUAGGAAUGGCCUUGACCCCUGUGCAGUUGUCAUCAGCGGGUGAACAGACAACGCCCAGUUCACGCCUCCUCAACUCCCCAGCUGUACCAGUGAUACCUUUGCCAUCUCCUCAAGCCACCCCUACAACACGAUCUAACACAAAACAGAGAUACAGAGUCAGAAUAAACGAGAACAAAGAGAAUAUACCUGACCGUGAGCCAGAGCCUCCGCCCAGAUCUGACACAAAUACAGACUACGACAAUUUGCCUGGUGACGAUUCGUCUUCAGACGAUGAGGAAGUGCUGUACAGAGAUGACAUAGAAAUAACAAGUACGCUAGCGGCCAAAGUUGCUAGGCAGGACAGUCUGGCACGAUUCCUUAGCAAUAGACCAUCUCAUCGAGAGCUGGUGGAAAAAAAUAUAAUUCCUGUUAAAUCAGAAGCAGAGAAAAUAGAAGAUAGGCAUGCAAUUGGAACAAAACUUACAAGACGUUUAAGUUUACGUCCUUCUCCUGAGGAGUUAGAGCAAAGGAAUAUACUUCACAACCAAAGUCAAGAGGAACAGAAAAAAUUAUUGGAAGAGAAAAAGCGGUUCCUAGUUAGGAAGCUGAGCUUCCGCCCCAGUGUAGAGGAACUGAAGGAAAAGAAGAUCAUCAAGUUCAGUGACUAUGUGGAGGUAACUGAAGCCCAUGAGUAUGACCGCAGAGCUGACAAACCAUGGACACGGCUCACACCAAGGGAUAAGGCGGCUAUUAGGAAAGAACUGAAUGAGUUUAAAAGUAAAGAAAUGGAAGUCCAUGAAGACAGUAAACAUUUGACUAGAUUUCAUCGGCCUUAAGUGUUGAAAUCUAUGCAUUUUCCCCGAUAGUGUGCUCUGGAUGUAGAUAGAGGACUGUACAGCCCCCAGACUGUCCAUAUUUGGGGUGGCCAGAUAGCUGUAGGCUGCAAAUAUUAUGCUUCACUCCUUAAUUAUGACAAUCAGUGUGAUUUGAAGGCAGCCUGGGCAGAUUCCUGAAACAUGUGACUUACAGUGCACCUGGUAACCUAAGCUAGACCCUGUGGCCAUUUGUGGGAAUUGACAUAAUGUGGACAUGGCUUAAUCUUUCAACAGCUGCUAGACAAAUGUCAUUGUACCCUGAUCACUGAUUCUGGAACUUCUUCCCUGUUCUUGGCAUACAGAGCUAUUCUAGUCUUGCGUGAAUUUCCUGAGUAUGGCACCAGUGUGAUUUGUUGCAAGACUUAGCGUUGCAAAGAGCUGGUCAGACUGCAGGCUCUGCUGCAUAUCGCAACCCUUCUUCCUGCUUCAGUCACAUGCGACUUGUUUUAUUUUAAUUCACUCCAUGAGUGUUUCAAUAUGUAAAAUUUAAAAUAUAGCUCUCCCUCUUUUCAAAUGUGUGGGUAGAUAUGCCACCACUACAACAACUAGUAAAGUAGUGUUCUCUCAGUUGGCUAGUUCCCUACCCUGGAAUAAGUAUCUACAGAUGAAGGCUCUGUUUGCCUCUCAAUAUUAAAGUGCGUGUGGUUUAUGUAUGUAUGUAU